CGCUGAUUGGAUAACAGAGCUGUAUAAAUUGCCGCAGUGCCGUAUUUCUCUCUUUCGUGGAGAUUUAGUCCAAACCCCAAUGCGGUCUGAACAAACUGCCCAGGGCCGUCAUACGAGAGAGCCGUCGCGUACAGGACCGUCUUAUAUACAAUGAAGGAGAGAAGAAUCAGCCAGCCUUUGGUGAUGCGUUGUAAACUGGUUUUAGUAGGAGACGUGCAGUGCGGGAAAACCGCAAUGUUGCAAGUCUUAGCCAAAGACUGUUAUCCUGAGACAUACGUCCCAACAGUGUUCGAGAACUACACAGCUGGACUGGAAUUAGAGGAGCAGCGCGUUGAGCUCAGUUUGUGGGACACUUCAGGUUCACCGUAUUAUGAUAAUGUCAGGCCACUCUGCUACAGUGAUGCUGAUGCAGUUCUGCUCUGCUUUGACAUAAGUCGUCCUGAGACCGUCGAGAGCUCUCUGAAAAAGUGGAAAGCCGAAAUCAUGGAUUUCUGCCCCAGUACUCGAAUAAUUCUAGUCGGCUGCAAGACGGACUUGCGAACAGAUGUUUGCACAUUGAUGGAGCUGUCCAAUCAGAGACUGACGCCCAUCUCCCAUGAGCAGGGCACCUUGUUGGCCAAGCAGGUAGGAGCAGAGGUGUACCUGGAGUGCUCUGCAUUCACUUCGGAGAAGAGCAUCCACAGCGUGUUCCGCUCAGCGGCACUAACAUGCCUUAACAAACUGCAGCCCCCUAUAAAGCAAAGCCCCACUCGCCGGCUGUCCAAACGCCUGCUUCACUUGCCCAGCAAAGCAGAGCUCCUGACCUCCUCCUUCAGCAAGGAGAGAACCAAGAGCUGUUCCAUCAUGUGAGCUCUAUGCGCGCCACUCCAACUCCAGAAAAAACCUUAUUUUCGCUCUUCGAAAGUGUUGAGGGGGGGUGUGGAGAAAAGGAGAGGUCAUGACUUUUAAUGACCCCUCCCUCUCUCUACACUUAUGUUUUUCUUCUUCCAUUCUGACACCCCACCUGCAAACACACUCAUCCCAACAAUUAAGAGCUGCUGCCAUUGUUUAAGGUUUUCGGCUGUUACACAUCCUCUUUACCAGCCUUUACAUGAGCUGCAUUUUGUAUCAGUGAACAAAACAGUCAGUCGAAAAACGAAAUGUACAGGACUGUCUGUAUUUUUAUGGGUAGAUAGCGUGGGAAUGAGGGUUGAGCUGUGAACGUAAUUUAAUGUUUAAAGAAAGAGGAUGUGUUACACAGUACGCACUUUAGUGAACAUGGAUGCGAUUGUUGAAUGGAAAGCGAGAGGAUGAUUGAAUACAGGUUGGCAUUAGUUACUGUUUCAGUACAGAAUUAUGCUUUGCUUGUAUUGGCUUGCACUGAUCUACGAUGUGAGAACUCAUGCAAGCAUGAGGGGAGGAGCCAAACAAGAUUUUAUGUCCUCCUAAAAAAGGCGGACAAUGUUAUAAAUCUGCUAAAUAAAGCAUCCAAUCACAUUGGUACAUCCAGAUGUAUUGGACAUGCUGACACACUCUUUCACUCUCUCUCUAUCUUUACUGUAGUCCUUCAUGCGCUUUCUGCCCCAAGAGAACAGGUCAUAAAUCUCAGCCAAUGAGAAGAAGCCCAGCAUCGCCGGGCCAUUUCUCAAUAGAGCAGGAGUUAUUGCCACAAAGACACUUUCCAGAUGUUCCAACUGCUCUUUUAUAGAAAACGAGAUCUUUUAGUAAAGUAAUUUUAGAGAUGGACUGGAAAGGUCAUGGGGGAUUACUAAGAGACACUGCAGUCCACCAAAACUGAUCAAUGUUGCAUAAGCGAGAAGAUAAUUUGAAUGUUGCAGUUGAGUUUUCUUUUACAGUAAUCUUCCACCUAAUUCUCAAUAGCAGGCCUGCAAAGAACAGAUUCUAUUGUUAUGUAGUAAAGUUACUGGUUAAAAUUGAGGCUGGACAUUAGAUUGCGUUAUAAUUUCAGUGAUUCUCAUGCAUUCGGUCGGAUCACUGUCACAGAGGACUCUCCUCUCAUGCUAAGCCUCAUUCUGGUAAUCUCGGUCUUAAAUCCCACAACCCCCUGGUUGUGUAAUGCUUAAUCAUAAAACAACUAAAUCCUCACUUUGGGCUUAUAAAUGGCCAAGUAGAAAUGAACUGAGAAGUCAGACGAGACAGCAUUAUGCAGAAUCUGACCUCAGGAUAACUUCCAAAAUUCAGCUUUGCCAUAAAUUACAUUUAAAAAUUUUGAAACUGUAAUACUACACAAUAUUCACGUUUUACUUUGUUUUGCGCCGAAAAAGGUUAUUAUUAUUAUUAUUAUUUUCGGAAAGAUAAAUGAUGGGUAAUUUUCACUAAUUUAAUCCAAAAAUGUUGUAGCACUGGAUAUUGUGAAAACUGCACAUUCAUUCAAAUCUAAAUUUACAUAGUCACUGUCUAGAGAAUGAGAAUGAAAAUGCUGUAUAUAAUCUGGUCUUGCCUUAACCACGCAUUUGUACAACUUUGUUAUUAUUAUAUCAUUGACUUUGUAAAUUCUCACUCUAGCUCAUCUGAAAGAAACUUUAGGAGGUCGUUCAUCAAUUCAUGCAAUUCUACACCGUUACUUAGCAACAGACAAGUCACUUAAGCUGGACUACACGUCCGAAAACCACUCGAGAGAAGUGGAGAGAGAGAAACAGGGUGUAAACAAAGUGAAAAUAAGGACAAGUUUCUCACUGUAGCAUAACAAAUGGCUUUUUCAUGGCUAUAGCUUAUAGUUAUAGUUUGAAACAUGAAUCAUCUCACAGACCAUCAUCUUGAUAUGAAUUUGUUACUGUUGUCUGGUUUAGUAGCACUCUUACGUGUUAUAUGUUUGAUGUGGUGGAUCUCCACAAUCUUCCUUUUACUGCAGUCUGGACGUACAUAUGUUGUGCAUAAUCAGUUUUGUACAGCCCUUUAAAUGAAGUCUGUGAAGCAAACUAAUUCAGAACAGACUGUGUGAUUGUGUGUGCAAUGUAACUGUAACUUAUUAAUAGUUGAUUAUUGCUGGUUCUGUUUUGUUCUUUAGUUUCAGACAAUCUAUUUUAUAUUGAAUAUUGUUUAUUGAUUAUUUUCCCUUGUCUCUGACGUCAUGUGUCACUCUUAAAUUAACUAAAACCUGGAUUUGGUCAAUAAA